CCCUCCCUCCUUCUCUCUCUCUCUCUCUCUCUGCAUAAAAAUAAUUUCCUUGCCCAUAAGUUUAUACUUGCAUCGUUUGUACCAGCAGAGGCCUAAUAACAAUUCAAAGUCUCUCUCUCCAUCGUUCAGAAAGCAUUGUAUAUAUGGUGCCUCAAACUUAGAGCAAAUGUGUACAUGUAGGCCUCUUGCUCAGACCACUUGCUUCUUCUUCUUCUUCUCCUCCUCCUCUGACAGGAAAGAGACAACUCCCAUCUCCUCCAUUCAGAGAAUUAAGAAACCUGAGACUCUGGUCUGGUUUAAGAAUGUCAUAGAUCCCGUGACAUCUUCAAGCUUCUGAGAAGUUUCUCCUCUGCCAAUUCCUCUUACUACGGUCAAGGGAUGUGCUCAGAAAUAAGUAGUCCUCCUCGUAUGUCAUUUUCAUAUGAGCCGGGAUCAAGAGAUAUGGCAACUGCGGAAUCCAUCAAGGCUGAAUUAGGUCCCUUCUGCCUUUCGGACAGGAACUCUGAUUUUGAGUUCAGCAUCUGUCAUAGCUUUGACUAUGAAUCUUCCUCAGCUGACGAGCUUUUCGCGAAUGGCAUGAUUCUUCCUGUCCAGAUUCAACAGAGAAACAACACUGCUGCUCCAAAUGGGACUUCGAAACAUGAAGGCGAAGCACUUCCUUCUUCUUUACCACCUCCAAUCCCUUGUCCUCCAAGUGACGAGAGCAAAAAGAAAGCAAGCAUAAAGGAGAUCGUAGUGCCAAGGUUGGACUCAGAGGAAAAGCCCGUCCCUAAGUCUUUUUGGGGAUUCAGGAGGAGUUCAAGUCUCAACUCAGAAGGUGUCCAAAAGAAGAGCUUGAUUUGCUCAUUCCCACUUUUGUCAAGAAGCAAUUCGACCGGUUCAGCUCCGAAUCCCAAAAAAGCGACACAGAAGCAACCAUCUAUUACAUGGCCAAAAUCGUUGUCGUCAUCGUCUUCUUCAUCAUCAACAUCAUCCUCUUCUUCAAAUAAUGUGAAUUCAAGGCCUCAAAAGCCUCCAUUGAAGAAGAACAGCCACGGAACUUACGCGCACAGGGUUAGAGUUAGUCCAGUAUUGAACGUGCCAACUCCUUCCAUUUCGAAAGGGACCGCUAGUUUCCUAGGUUUGGGUUCGUUUCUGGGGAAUGGAAAGGACAAGAAGAUUAGGAGAUGAUUUCGGUAACUGCUUCUUACAACUCUUCCUCAUCUAACAUUACCAAUAUCGUACGUGUUUAUGUGUACUCAUGUUUGGCUUAUAUAGUCCCCAGUUGAAUUGUGAUCUGAACAAAAUCAGAGACCAGAAACAAGAAAGAACAGGAAUAACAAGAAGGAUCAUAGAUGAGCUAAUGAAGAGAGAGAGAGAGAGAGAGAGAUGAAAAGAGAGACAACAUAGAAUCUCGGAAUGUUGAUUUCUAAGAAAUUGUCAAUCCCUUGUUUCAGGGCUGUCUGCUGUCCUUUUAGCUCUCUGAUAUCUCUUCCUUCCAUGGCUCUUUCAAUUUUUUUCCCUUUCUUUUUGGGGGUGUUUGUGUUUAUUUUAAAAGGUGCUUCUGGACUUUGGUUUGUGAUUGAAGAUACUUUGUUUAUUUAUUCGCUAUCGAUCUUUCUUGGUGAGAAUGCCUAUUGGUUUA